AUUGGUGAAGACAGUGGAAAUUGUCGCAGCUGUGGAACCCAGAUUAGCGUUUAUUUCUGCUCAAUCUGUAAACAUUUGACAAGUAUGGAUAUGAACCCCUUCCACUGUGAAAAAUGCGGGAUAUGUCGAAUCCACAAGGAUAAAUCAUUCCACUGUGAGGUGUGUAAUGUCUGCCUGGACAAACGUCUUGAAGGAAAACAUAAGUGCAGACCAGAUUCUGGGCACGAUGAAUGCUGUAUCUGCUUCGAGGAUGCAUUCAGCGGUUGUCAAAUCUUACCUUGUUCGCAUGUGAUGCACAAAGAAUGCGCCCUUGAUUUGAUACAGCGUGGAAUUCGCACGUGCCCAGUGUGUCGACAGCCACUUCCUAAAUGGAGAGGAAGAAAAUCUCUUAAUAAAUGAGUAAAUAAAUAUGUUUAAUAAGGACACUAGACAAAGGCCAAUUUUGAUUAGUUAAUAAUUGUCUCUAUAUCUUAGUUACGACCGUAGUUACAAUGUUUACUUCCUUUUUUAUUGGUUUUGUAAUCGGACCUUUAAGCGUCACCACGCGCAUAUAAAAGCUGAGUUUGCGUCCCUUUAAAGUAGUUUUUCGUUCCAUCUCGCGUGGUCUUGUCAACCUUGAACUCUUGAUGUUUUUUUUAUUUCCUAACCUUUGGCUCAAGGGGGACCGAUAUGUGGUUACCUUUGUCAUUUUGAUUAGGUCGCGUUUUUAUAGUUAUUGGCGAAAGAAUACAAGGGAACAUUUGUACAACGUUAACUGUUUUAUAAUCGUCUAAAUUAGAGAAUGUUCUUAACAUUACUAGAGUGAACGCCCACCUUUUAGGUUCGAGAGCAUUAAACUGUUAAUCAGUUCCUUUUGUUGUGUAAUUCUGUUGUUGAAUCUUGUUUAGUAUCUUAGCGUACCAUUUAUACUGGCUAUUUUUGAUGUAUUGUUGUUUAAUUUCGUUAUGUUAUCGACUCGAAAUCGUUAGUUUGUCUCGUGUAGGCAUAGUUGAUAGAGGGGAAUGGUUAUGACACUCGACAAAGGUCUUUGCUGUUUGUUUUUUCUCUUUUUUGGCCUUGA